AUGAGCAUGUUCAUAUCUUUUCUUAGAUCUGAAACUCAGCACCGAGGCUCUGCCCCACACUCUGAAAGCGAUCUCCCAGAACAGGAAGAAGAGAUUCUGGGGUCCGAUGAUGAUGAGCAAGAAGAUCCCAAUGAUUAUUGCAAAGGAGGUUAUCAUCUUGUGAAAAUUGGAGAUCUAUUCAAUGGGAGAUACCAUGUGAUCCGAAAGUUGGGUUGGGGGCACUUUUCAACAGUGUGGUUAUCAUGGGAUAUUCAGCCUUUAUAUGAGAUGUCUAGUGUGAUUCUUUUCACAGUGCCAGUUCGCAAUUCAGACCCUAAUGAUCCAAAUAGAGAAAUGGUUGUACAACUACUUGAUGACUUUAAAAUAUCAGGAGUUAAUGGAACACAUAUCUGCAUGGUAUUUGAAGUUCUGGGACAUCAUCUGCUCAAGUGGAUCAUCAAAUCCAACUAUCAGGGGCUUCCACUGCCUUGUGUCAAAAAAAUUAUUCAGCAAGUAUUACAGGGUCUGGAUUAUUUACACACCAAGUGCCGUAUCAUCCACACUGACAUUAAACCAGAAAACAUCUUGUUAUCAGUGAAUGAACAGUAUAUACGAAGGCUAGCUGCAGAAGCAACAGAAUGGCAGCGAUCUGGAGCUCCUCCACCUUCUGGGUCUGCAGUCAGUACUGCUCCUCAACCUAAACCAGCUGACAAAAUGUCAAAGAAUAAGAAGAAGAAAUUGAAGAAGAAGCAGAAGCGCCAGGCAGAAUUACUAGAGAAGCGAAUGCAGGAGAUUGAGGAAAUGGAGAAAGAGUCGGGCCCUGGGCAAAAAAGACCUAACAAGCAAGAAGAAUCAGAGAGUCCUGUUGAAAGACCCUUGAAAGAAAACCCACCUAAUAAAAUGACCCAAGAAAAACUUGAAGAGUCAAGUUCCAUUGGCCAGGAUCAAACACUUAUGGAACCUGGUGUAGAGGGUGGUGCAGCAGAAAUUAAUUGCAAUGGAGUAAUUGAAAUCAUUAAUUAUGCUGAGGACAGUAAUAAAGAAUCAUUGAGGCUUAAAGAGGAUCUACAUAAUGCUAAUGACUCUGAUGUCCAAAAUGUUCAAAAUUUGAACCAGGAACCUAAUUUUCUAAGUUCCCCAAAUGGAGACAGUCAUCCAACUCAAGAAGCAAACUCUUAUACAACUGUACCCUCUGGGGUGUCAGAUACCAUGGUAUGCCAGUCUUCAUCUGUAGACCAGUUAUUGAAUGAACAGAACAUCAGCCAGCUUCAAGAAAGCAUUCGCGCAGAGAUACCAUGUGAAGAUGACCAAGAGCAGGAACAUAAUGGACCACUGAACAACAAAGGAAAAUCCACUGCUGGCAAUUUUCUUGUCAAUCCCCUUGAGCCAAAAAAUGCAGAAAAACUCAAAGUGAAGAUUGCUGAUCUUGGAAAUGCCUGUUGGGUGCACAAACAUUUCACUGAAGAUAUUCAAACAAGGCAGUAUCGCUCCCUGGAAGUUCUGAUAGGAUCUGGCUAUAAUACACCUGCUGACAUUUGGAGCACAGCAUGCAUGGCCUUUGAAUUAGCCACAGGCGACUAUUUGUUCGAACCUCAUUCAGGGGAAGAGUAUACUCGGGAUGAAGAUCACAUUGCAUUGAUCAUAGAGCUUCUGGGAAAGGUGCCUCGCAAGCUCAUUGUGGCAGGGAAAUACUCCAAGGAAUUUUUCACCAAAAAAGGUGACCUGAAGCACAUUACGAAGCUGAAACCCUGGGGCCUUUUUGAGGUCCUAGUGGAGAAGUAUGAGUGGUCUCAGGAAGAGGCGGCUGGCUUCACAGAUUUCUUACUGCCCAUGUUGGAGCUUAUCCCUGAGAAGAGAGCCACUGCUGCUGAGUGUCUCCAGCAUCCUUGGCUGAACUCGUAAGCCUCUAACCAGCCCUGCAGCAGAGAUCACACACUGAUCUUCAGCCCUCCUCUCCAAGCAUUCCCCUCUGCCCUUUUUAGGGUGAAGCUCUUUCAAGGGUUCCCCUUCCCCUCCCCCCCCAUCCCCCACCCCCAUCCUAAACCAACAUCUUCAUUUGGGUUUGCUUACUUGACCCUGUGGAAAUCCACACAGCCAUUGGGCAUCCUAGGUGACUUCAGCUUUGGUUGGGCUCUGCCAAAGACUACCAAACUAAAAAUACAGAACAGCCUUUCAUGCUGUACCCCUGCCUUCCCAUCAGGACAUGUAUAAAUUAUCAGCACCCCCCCCCUUUUUUUUUUUUUUAAAGAAAGGUUUGAAGAUGUGUGAGCCCAUCCUUUUAUUCUGACUCUAAGAGUCAAAUUUUCUAGUGCAUAUCUUGUUGCUACAUGAGGAUGAGGAGAGGGGAAAGGUGGUAAAUCUGUGUCCAGCAGAAACAUUAAACAUGCUAUAUCCAGGCUGCA